ACCCGAGGCAGCAGUAUCACCUCAGGCCGGUUCCACCACAUGCUGGGAUUGAUUGAGUGAAGUCCGGUGAGUCAGCCAAAAAGGUGACGGCUCUCUUGAGCAAGGCAGUAUGGGUGACAGUUCUGUUUAGAAGCCGGAAAAAAAAGAAAAAAAAUGUCCAGCUAAUAUUGUGACAGUGGGCGGAGCCACGAUCAACUACUGGAACAAGAUGACAGCAUUCAGAUGUAUUACCCACUCAGUGUGUGUGCGUGCGUGUGUCCGGUCACAUUGAGGCGGUCAGUGCUGAGGUUUAUUUUAGACUCAGUGACGGCGUUUCAAUGGCUGCAGAUGCAUCCGACUGGAAGGGUCUGAGAUACAAACCAACGCUGCUCUAUGGCGAGUACCAGGAGCAACAAAGAGGUCCCGACGAGCGGGAGUUCAGGCGGCUGCUGACGGAGCAACAUAUCAAAAAGCAUGGCCACCACCCUAGGGCCCAUCUGGAGGGGUAUAGCAGCGGGAGUCAAAAUGGCUUCCAGGGCCACCGACGCAGCUUCCAGCAGAAUUGGCAGAAGAAGCGGCAGCAGUCCGGCGUGCUGGCGGACGCUGCCGAGGGUCCCAGUUCCGAGUCUAAACUACGUUCCUCAGUAAAGAACAGACGCACCUACUCCAAGUGUAGAGAUUGCGUCGUGAAUGUGCAGAAAUUCCUGGUGAACCGGGUUGGAGAAGACUGGAUCUUCUUGAUCCUUCUCGGCACCACCAUGGCACUAGUGAGCUGGACCAUGGACUACACCAGCGCCAAGAGUCUGCAAGUCUACAAGUGGAUCCACAACCAGCUGAGCGACAACGUUCCCAUGCAGUUUGUGGCCUGGGUAUCCUACCCGAUGGUCCUCAUCCUCUUCUCCUCCGUCUUCUGUCAGCUAAUCGCUCCUCAAGCUGUCGGUUCAGGCAUCCCAGAGCUGAAGACCAUCUUGAGAGGUGUGGUCCUGAAGGAGUAUCUGACCCUAAGGGCCUUCAUGGCUAAGGUGAUUGGUCUGACGGCCACGCUGGGCAGCGGCAUGCCGGUUGGCAAAGAGGGUCCGUUUGUGCACAUCGCCAGUAUCUGUGCCGCCGUGCUCUGCAGGUUCAUGUCCUUCUUUUCUGACAUCUACCAGAACCCGAACUGUUACGCCGACAUCUUGACAGUGGGCUGCGCUGUAGGAGUGGGCUGCUGUUUCGGAACGCCGCUUGGAGGUGUGCUCUUCAGCAUCGAGGUCACAUCCACCUACUUUGCCGUCAGAAACUAUUGGAGGGGAUAUUUUGCCGCCACAUUCAGUGCCUUCAUAUUCAGAGUUUUAUCUGUCUUCAACAAAGAUUCUGGCACCAUCACUGCUCUCUUCAGGACAAACUUCAGACUGGAUUUCCCCUUUGACCUCCAGGAGCUUCCUGCUUUUGCCGUCAUUGGCAUCACCUGCGGGUUCCUGGGAGCGUUCUUCGUCUACCUCAACAGACAGGUGGUGCAGCUGAUGAGACGGCAAAACACCGCCACACGUUUCCUCAGCAAACACCGUCUGGUCUUUCCUGCCGGGGUCACCCUGCUGAUCGCCACGCUGACUUUUCCCGCCGGGUUCGGACAGUUCAUGGCCGGAGAGCUGAUGCCCAGGGAUUGCAUCAACUCUCUAUUUGACAACUUCACUUGGACUAAGAUCUCCACGUCCCCACCAGCCGGCGUUGGCCUGUCCAGGGCGUGGCUUCACCCCGACGUCAGCGUCUUCGUCGUCUUGCUGCUCUUCUUCCUCAUGAAGUUUUGGAUGUCGGCGGUGGCGACGGCCAUGCCCGUCCCGUCCGGAGCCUUCAUGCCCGUCUUCAUCCUGGGGGCCGCCUUUGGCCGCCUGGUGGGGGAGGUCAUGGCCGCCAUCUUUCCUCAAGGCAUCGUCUUUGACGGCAUCCUUUACCGCAUCAUCCCUGGAGGUUACGCUGUCAUUGGGGCGGCGGCUUUGAGCGGGGCAGUGACCCACACGGUGUCCACGGCUGUGAUCUGCUUCGAGCUGACGGGUCAGAUCUCCCACGUGCUGCCCAUGAUGGUGGCGGUGAUCCUGGCCAACAUGGUGGCUCAGGGCCUGCAGCCCUCGCUCUACGACUCCAUCAUUCAGGUCAAGAAGCUGCCAUACCUGCCCGAGCUCGGCUUCCGUCACGUCAGCCUGUACAAAAUCUUUGUGGAGGACAUCAUGGUGAGGGAGGUGAAGUCCAUCUCCUACCAGUCCACCUACAGGGAAGUCCAACUCUUGCUCGACUCGUCCUCGCUGGAAACCAUCCCUCUGGUUGCCUCCAAAGACUCUAUGAUCCUGCUGGGAAGCAUCGACCGCGUGGAGCUGCUGGCGCUCUGCGAUUGGUGGUUGUCGCCCGAGAGACGCCACCUAGUGCAGGGUCCCGACCAGAGGAAGGAUAUUCCAUCGCCCACACUCAGCGGGGAACAGGAGGGCGACAAGCGGGGCGCCGUGCAACCGGAGAGGAACGGUCCACUUCCUCCUGGCGGACAUCAAGACUCCAACUCCACUCUUCCACUUCCUGACAAACGUGUGAGGCGAACACUCAGGAGCUUUUUCAGCCUGCAGCAAGGCCGUGCAGAGCGUUCCCUUCAGGAGCCCCGCCCCCCUCUUGGUUCAAUCCCCACGUCCCCAGAAGAAGUCAAAGCGUGGGAAGAGGCAGAGAUGGACAAGCCCAUGGAGAUCGAUGAGAUCCGAGUUGACCCCUCCCCUUUCCAACUGGUGGAGAGAACGUCGCUGCACAAGACGCACACGCUCUUCUCCCUGCUGGGCCUAAGCCACGCCUACGUGACCAGCAGUGGCAAACUGGUGGGCGUGGUGGCAUUGAAGGAGCUCCAGAAGGCCAUAGAGGGCUCCUCCCACUCUGGUGUGCGACUACGCCCUCUGCUCGCCAGCCUCCACAAAAUAAGCAGCCAUAACGCUGUCUCAAGCCCCACCCUUUCCUCAUGCGCCGCCCCUUCUUCGCCGGGCGCCACAAGACCCACCGACCAACUGCACACAUACCUUGGCGAAGGCGGGGUGGAGCCGUGCCAGGUGGACUGAGGCGAGGGCGACCUCCAGCCCAACAACUCUGAAAAGCAUCGGAACGGGGACGGAGACAGCGGGGAGGAGCAGAUGGUGUGAGGAAGUGAAACAGGAAGUGACAUUUUAAAGCUGGCGACAUUUAAUUUUGCGCACUUCCAUACUUACACUCAGCAUUUGGAGUUGAAGUGAAUUAAAUGACUCGUAUUUUGUUCUACAUACAUACUUGCCAACCUUCCCGGAUUUUCCGAAAUUCAGCGCCUCUCCCGAAAACCUCCCAGAAGAAAUUUUCUCCCGAAAUUCAGCCGGAGCUGGAGGCCACGCCCCCUCCAGUUCCAUGCGGACCUGAGUGCGGACAGCCUGUUUUCACGUCCGCUUUCCCACUACAUAAACAGCUUGCCUGCCCAAUCACGUUACAACAUCUACAGAUUUGAAUAAUAAACUGCACACACAAGGAAACAAAGCAGAAGAACGAGGAAGUUACAGCGAUGGCGACGCCGUCUGUAAUAGAGUGAUUUUAUGUUGUCUGUUGCCUUCUCCUGGUGAAUGUUGACUAUAGCAUUAUGGGGUUGUUUUUUGAUUGGCCAACGAUUUACGUGGUGUUGCCCACCUGACGGCAAGUAAGGGAGUCUGUUCUGAGGCUAACAGUAAAGAGACAUAACUUCAUCACCUCGCCUGGUUAUUGACUCCAACCCAAUAUAUUACACAGAGCAAAAUGAAGAAAUAAAUGGCAAAGCAAAGGUUACUCAAAUAGU